AUGUUUGGUAAGCGCAAACAUGCUGCACCAGUGCAGCCGUUGACCAAGGAGACUGCCAAUGCCAAUGCUGCCACCGCCGCCGCUUCGGCGUUCAUGCGUCGCGCCUCCGAUGCCUCCCUUUCCUCCGCGGCGGCCGCUGCUGCACUAAGGUCCCGACCGACAAGCCCAACAAAUGUGGCCGAUGUACAAUCAAAACGGCUCUCACGGCGAAGCCCAUCCGUAUCCUCUGCCACGGGCAAGCGACUCGAGUUGACACGGACGCCGAGUGUUGGCUCAAUGAUGGAGCGCACAUUUCGAUCGCCUUCGCCAGGCCGUAGUCCGGCGCCAAUGCCUCGUGAUGCGCCUCCCAUCCCGAGUAUUCCCAACACCGACAACUAUAAGCCUCUGUCUCGACCAACCAGCUCCUCGCGCAAAGGUGGCCCCGGCUUGCAAACCCAAAACUUUCGCACAGCAAGCGAGAAAAUGAGAGAUGGUCAGAAAGGAUCAUGGUUUGGCGCUGCUACCGCCCACGAUUUGCACACGGUGCGCCGGACGGCCUCGGAGCUUCAACUCUCCUCCGUCCGCGCCCCAUCCGAACCAAGACCUGGGAGUGUCAGCCCAUCAAUCAACUUUUCGUAUCCUCGCGCAAGGUUACGCUCGCCCACUGGCAGUUUAAGAUCUCUGCAACUUGAGGAUCAAACUUUGGUAUACGACCCAAAUUCUCGGCGCAUGGUGCCAAGAGUGCAGCUGGAGGCCCGAUCCCAAGCCAUACACGAAGAAGACUAUGAUCGAGUUGGAGAAAGACCUCAGAUCAAGAAGCAGCCAAAGCAGCCGAAAGAGCCGAAACAGCCUCGUCUGUCGAGAGCAGGCUCUCAUCUCUCACGUGGCACCGUCGCGAGAACGAAAGCACCAGCUUUAGAAGCUGGCGAAGUAGAGCUGCAGCUGGCAUCCAAGACACUACCUGAGCCGGACCUGAGCCAGGAUAUUGGACCCGAGGCAGGUACUGUACUACCGAAGCCGAAAUCGAAGAAGAAGAAGAAGAAGAAGCAAUCUCAGCCAGCUACCUCAAAAGGGCCCGGGUUAGCGGCAACGGAGACCACCGGCAACUCUGUUUCGGCAGAGUCGAUUGUGGAACUGCCUUCGGCAACUCCAGAAAGCAGAACUACCCAGCCAUCUAAUGUGACCAAGACUGCAAAGUCUUCUAGCAACGCGAAUGGCGCCACUCCUUCGCCAAAUACGAAAUCCAAAGUGAGCGUCGUGGCCUCAAGGGAACCUUCAGAGAGCCCCGCUCGAUCUGCCAGAUUUGCAGCCUCAACAGACCAACUGCUCGUACGACAUGAGCCACCUCCACGAUCACUUUCCCCUCGCAAAUCUGCACUGAAGCAUGCCAGCCCUACUAGAGCCGUGUCGCCUCCUGAUGACAUAUCAGACACCUCUGGAGUUCCUGGCUCCCUGGUCCCUAAUGAUGACGCCCGCAAGAAGAAUUUUCGAGUUAGCUGGGAUGAUCGCAGUGCAGUUGUCGUGAGCGAGCCUACUGCACAACAUGCAGCCGAACAGGCUGCCAGCUCCAGUCCGCAGACGAAGAAGUCGUGGCACAGCAUCGUCGGAAAGGGAAGCAAAAAGGACGUUAUCUCUGUUGAAAAAGAGGAAACUAUGUCUCCCAGACCCACCCUUCCUAGCUUUGGCAGUGUGCGGGAGAAGAAGCCGAAGGAGCAAGAAGAAAGACCGCUGGUUCGUCCUGAGCAUGUUGUCCAGGCGGAAACUCCGGCAGCUGCUGUAUCAGCUUCAACGGCAACUCCUGCAUCUCCUGCCGAGCCCAAUACCUCCAAACAGCGAGAGCCCUUGCCAACUGUUGUCCCAGUUGUGGAAAAGGAAGAGGAAGUUUCAAGCUCAGAAGACGGCCUCAUGGAAGAUACAUCAGACGAGGACUCGGAUUUUGAAGUAAACGCUGCUCGCACUGGCGUCAAUGGUGCAGCGACCAAAAGCAAAGAGACCUUCGAAAGCCAAGUGCCAGAAAUAGCUGUAUCACAUGCCAGCCCUCGCCAGCCGCAAACUGAACAGCUCGAGAAUAUAGCAACCGUCAACACGAAUGACUAUGAUAGCUCUUCGGGUAGCGAAGAGCUAGAGAUGAGCGAUGCUCAUACCCAUGGUGCCAGCUUACAGAUGGAUGAUAUUAAGGAAGAGGAGGAAGAAGCGGAUAUGUACAGCGAUGCCUACGAAGAGAUAACGGAGCCAGACGGCGAUGGUUUCUUGUCUUUGGACGCUGUUCUAGAAAGCCCAGCUGGCUCACCCAGGGCGAAGAGCGCGAGUGACAAGCUAGUCGUUGAAGAAAAAGAGCCUGAAGCUGCCGGACCUAACAAUGGAAGCGACCUCCCGGACGACUGGGAGAACGCAAAGGCUUAUUGGAAGAGUCUCUCGUCUGCAAAGCGGCGACAGCUGGAACAAGAAGCCAUGGAGGAAGGCGAGGACGAGCACGAAGAUCAGCUUACGGCAACGAAAAUUGAUAAGAUCAAGUCUCUCAAGGCAGACACACAAACUACAACGCCUACGAAAGAUCGAUCGUACCAAAUCGCUCCAGGCACGAUCCAGCCAUACGAUAGCACUCCUGAGUCUACACCAACCAACGCAAAUGGCAGCACUCGGUAG